AUGGAGCUGAAUCACGGCAAGCGAAAGUUCGCUGAGGAUGGCCAAGGAGGCAAGAGCGCGAAGACAGCGAAGUUAUCCUUUGGUGAAAGAAUGCUUCUGCGGCAAGGCUUUGUCAAGGGGAUGGGAUUAGGGGCGAACAACCAAGGCAUAUCAGAACCGAUAGCAGUGUCCCUCAGACCGGCAGGCGCUGGCUUGGGUGCUCCUGCUCAUGAGUCUUCGCAACGCGUUGAGAAGAAAGAUACGAGACUCGGCUCGGGACGCAGUGGCUCGAACACACCACAAACUGCACAAAAACCGAAAAAGACUACUAUUCGAACUUCCACCGAAAACGGCCUACACAUUCCUCUGUCUCUCAAGACACUGGUCGAUGCUACUACGUCGGGCGGCACAGUGGUAUCAACCCGCGAGCUACGAUUAAGGGGAGGCGAUGCAGCACCACAGAGACAAGCCCUCGAAGGCUUCGCCGAGGAGUGGAACACACUUUGCUCUCAGGAAAGCUUAGCAUUGAACGAAGAACUGCGCUUGGAGCAAGAAGCUUUUCAACUGGAGGCUGAGAUUCAGAAGGCUGCUGAGAUUAACACAGCAGCGAUGGCACUCAGCCAACUUUCCCUCAACAUCUCGUUUCAAGAAAUAGUGAGCCAGCUUCAUCGCUUCCAGCAAAAGUUUUCAGAUUCGGUGAAUGCAGACCUCGCCGUCGGGAUCCUGACCCCCUACCUCAAGUCACUCCCAUUCGAUCCGGUAGAGAACCCCUUGGGCAUCCAAGAAGCGCUGAAGAGCCUUGGGCCCAUGCUGAGGAUUCAGGACGAAGACCGAAAAAGGACAACGCCAUAUCAAUCCAUGGUUUAUACACUCCUCUUACCUCAACUCCGCAAAGCCGCUAUCGGAGAACACGGCUUUGAAGCCGCCUUCGCCACCCUGUCCGAGUGGCAGGCCAUCUUGCCUACUUGGAUGUAUAGAAAUUUGCUCGACCAGGCCAUCCUCAACCUUUCUAUGGAACUUACGCGAUGGAAGCCUCAGUCCAACGCAUUUCCAUACCUGUGGGUGCUCCCCUGGCUUGAACAUCUUCCGCAACACCAUGCUGAGAGUCUUCUCGCCCAACUCAAGGAGAAAGUUGGGAUGCUCCUGCGCAACUGUAACCUGUAUGACGGCCCGUCGCUGAGCCUAAGGACAUUGCCGAAACAAUUCGAGUCGACUUUGAUGCGAACCUUGUUGCCACGUCUGUCGGCUCUUCUUCGCAUCUGGGAGAUUGAUCCCAGUAACCAGGAUCUAACUAUACUCGAGGCUGUUCUCUCUUGGAGGUCCCCAUUAUCUGCCAAGGUUAUGGGCCAACUCCUUGCUUCAGAACUGCAAACCAAAUACCUUUCCAUUCUUCACUUGUGGCUUACCGCCGAUGAGGUCAAUUAUGCGGAAGUGGGACAGUGGGUGUCAUGGUUCAAGACGUUAUUCCCAGACGACAUCAGGCCUGCCCUUACCGAUAUGUUUGAUAAAGGUCUCGAUCUCAUUAAUUCGGCUCUUGAUUUGGGAUACGAAUCCAAACACAAAUUGCAGCUUCCAGUUCCGGAUCUUGCAGCCCCUGAGACACCCCGACCAAAUAAGAGUAAUACCAAGGAACCACGUUCAGUACGAAAAGAAGUCGAGGAGGUGACAUUUAAGGACGCCCUGGACGCGUGGUGCGGUGCAGAGAAUCUGCUACUUAUACCUUUGCGAGAGGCACACUCAACUACUGGACUACCUCUUUUCCGAAUUACCGCGAGCGCAACCGGCAGAGGAGGUGUGAGGGUAUACCUGAAAGGCGAUGUCGUGUACGCGCAGAACAAGAGCAACUUGGAUUUGUGGGAGCCGAUUGGGAUGGAGGACGGACUAGUGCACAGGGCUGAAGGAAAAUGA